CACAGCGCACCAUCAAUGGAAACAGUCCAUGUACAGACGUUGUUGCGAACGCUACGAUAUUUUUAAAUAUAAAAACUUCAAUAUAUGGCUGACAAAAUAUUGUAAAAAUAAAUUAAUUAAUAUGUGCAAAAAUAGAAGUGUGAAUUAUUGAAAUACGGUUGCAGACGAAAAAUAUAUUUCACUAAUUUUUAUAUAAUAAAAUAUCCGAAAGUAAUUGUAUUUAUCUAAUGCUAACUCGUACAUAUAUAAAGUAAAUAUAAAAAGUAUUUGUUAGGCGCCGACGACACGCUGCGUUAAAUACCGUUGUAGUGUAAUUAAAACUUUAUUAAAGAUCAUGAAUAAUUGAUGCUAAUUGAGUGUUUUAUACGGUACGCGACGUCUUGUGCUGAUCUUUGUGCAGUAGCCGUGCUCAAUUCGGUCCAGAGUCUUCAGUGUCGAUCGACCUCUUCAUUUGCUGGUGUCGUCUGUGUCUUUGUGUAUUUUGAUAAGACGCUUGGCAUUGUUAUUAAUAAAACACCAUACACGCACACACUUAACAGCUCGAUUAUAUAUUAUUUCAUGCAUAUGUAUGUACAUUUGUGCGCGUUUAUUCACGCUUAAACAAAAAAAAAUUAAAUGCUGAAAGUGACAAGAAAAUGAAAUUAAUAAGUGGAAUGAUGCAGCAAUAACAAUUAAAUGCUUGUUUGUUACAUUGCACGAGUCCUUUCAAGGUUGGACCUCUAAUUGCAUGAAAAAGUGAUUAUAGACCCGUCGAUAUUUCGACCGAUUGAUGGUCCAGUCAACAAAUACUAAAAGAUAUAUGGUCAAAAGACACAUUUGGUGGUUCUACGAGUGUACGAUUGCUUAAAAGUGCAUACGCACACGCACACACCCAAACACAAACGUUCGGGCAACGCAGCCGCAGAGACAGCGACCCACACACACAUACUUAGUUUUGGUAUGCUCGACGCAUUGGCGGCAGGCGACAAAUUCGGUUUCGGUAUUUCGGACUUUUCGUUGCGUCGUUCGCAGUGCACUGCAGACACGAACUCGUUUUAACUGGGAUUUUUACUAAACUACUCACUCGCACACACACCUACUCGCUUAUAUGUAGAAAUAUUUUAUUUCGAUUCGUUUGUUUUUGUUUUUACUCGCUAUUUUUUAUAGCGGCUUUUCUUUGCCGUCAGUUAAUUUGAAAAGCUUUAAUUUAUUGUGCGCGUGCGUGCGUACGUUCGUUUGUGUGUGUUCGUGAGUUUUGUGAUCAUUUCGAUUUUUCGAAUUUUCGAACUGUGCGUUGUCGCGCGUCCCGUUCGCGGCAAGUCCGUAAAUUAUGUACAUUAGCAGUUUUAUAGUCGUGUGGCUAUGUGCGGCGGUUGCGGUGCUAGGAUUAGCCGCAAAUGUACCGGCCAGGCGUGAACGACAUGAAUUGACGAUAUCCGAAUGUGCCGCCCGUGGUGGUGAAUGUGAUGAGACCAAAGGUCGCCCCGUCUGUGGCACGGACGAUCAAACCUAUCCCUCGCGCUGUCAUUUAUUGCGCGCACAAUGCAGCGGUUAUCAAGUCAGCCUCAAGUAUCAAGGACACUGCAAAGCAGCUUGCAAAGACGCACGUGAGUAUGCGCUCAAGCAUCGCUCCACCGCUCCACCGAAAUUCAUACCACGCUGCAAAUCGGACGGCACUUUUGCGGCCGUACAAUGCAUCGGCGAAAUCGGUUGUUGGUGUAGUGACAUUACCGGCAAACCCAUCAAGAACACCUCGAUUCGCAAUGGCAAGCCCAAAUGUCGCGAGUACAGCAAGGCGAAUAUGCGUCGAUCACCGUCACGUCACGUGAAUACAAGUCGUCUCCGGCGCACGUGUACCGCCGUCGAUCGUGCUGCCUUCAAUGCCAAUCUCAUCAAAGUCUUCCAAAGCGAAUAUGUACGCGCUGGACAGCUGAAACGCGGCCAGCCCGGCAAGGCGGCAGAGGGUGGCGAGAGUGCAUCCAAUGAUAAAUUGGUGCUCGAUUGGAAGUUUACCUAUUUGGAUGUGAAUGCAAAUCAAAUGUUGGACAAAAAUGAAUUCCGCGAACUAAAGAAGCUCGUCAAGCGGGCGGUGAAACCGAGACGUUGUGGACGUGCUUUUGGCAAGUUCUGCGAUUUGGAUGACGACGAUCGUUUGACUCUAACCGAAUGGAAUGAUUGCUUCUCGAAAGAUGGAAUAAAUCGUCAUGCGGCUGCUGAAAAUAAGAAUUAUGCCGUUAACAGCAUCGCCAGCAACACCUACCAGGGUUAUACACUACAACAGCAGCAACAAAAUAAUAACAACAACAAUAAUGGCAAUAACAAUCGACACGCAGCGCCAUCCUACAAUCAACAUCAUACAGCACAAACGCACUUCAACCAUCCCCAACAACAACAAAAUCAUAAUACAUAUAGCAAUAAUAACAACAACAACAAUAAUAAUAAUUUCAAUUUGAAUCGCAAUGAUAAACUGAACAAUAUCAAUCAUUCACAUUCAUCGAGCACUUUCGACGACUUGGAGAGCGAAAGUACGGGCGAUGAAGAUGACAGUGGUUCACUGCAUGGCGACUAUGACGAGGAGGAGGAUUAUGAGCAGGAAGAUGGUGGUGAAAAUAGCGAUAGAUUACGCAUGUUCAAUUCAUCACGUAUCCAUUUAAUUAUCCCCAAUGAAGGGCCGAAACUACUCGAUGUUACCGAUACGAAAAUCGAUACACCAUUGAACGAGUCCGAGAGCGAAUCCGAAUGUCUGGCGGAUCAAAAGGCAACACUCGAGGAGCAACGCCACGGCGGCACUCUCUUUUACGUACCCGAAUGCACUUCGGAUGGCCGUUAUCAGCGCGUGCAGUGUUAUCGCUCUACACCGUAUUGUUGGUGUGUGAAUGAGGAUACGGGCAAGAAUAUACCCGGUACAACGGUAAAGGAUAAACGUCCACAAUGCGAUGCCAUCUUUGCGGUGCCGCGUCCCAUGAAAGGUUGUCCGGAACCAAGGAAAGCCGUGUUUUUGAAUGAUCUCAGAGAGUUCCUGAAGACGUACAUUGUGGCGACCGCUAGUGCUGGUGGUAAUACGACCAAAUGGAGCUCGGAGGACGAUCGUAUUGCGACGUUAAGCUUUGUCUUACUCGAUAAAAACAAGAACAAAGUUUGGGAGCGUAAAGAAUGGAAAACUUUCAGAGAGAUGGUGACCAGUUCGAAAACGCUACGUAAAUGCGGCAAGAAGAUGCCACGCUACUGUGAUGUAAAUGGUGAUAAGAAAAUCACGCUUACCGAAUGGUUGAAUUGCCUGCAAACACAACGCAGUGAAGUGCAGACAAUAUCGCAGAGUUCGACGGAAGCCAAUGUCUCCUUAACGUCGAAGCCUUUGAAGCUAACUGGUGCCAAUCCACUUGAGCAAUAUCUUAAAGAUUGACAGCGUUGCAACGACAGUGCGAACAUUUCGUGCAGAAAAUUUUAAUUAUAAUUUUUGCCUUACACUUUUUUUUUUAAUUUUUCUUUACACAUUUAUUUUUAUUUUUGUUUUAUUACUAUUUUUAUUUUCAUCAAAGAGCUGGUGUUUUGCUUUAUUGGAAAUUUUGCAUUUUACGUGAUAGUGAUGAGAUAUUGUUACUACUAAAGAAUACACAUAUUUAUGUAUGUUUUUAACUGAAAUUAAAAUCGAAACAAAAAAAUAAUUAUUAAUUUACAUAUAUUAAUGUUAGUUGUGAGCUUAAAUUGUUAGCAUAAGCAAUAAAAAAUGUUUUUUUAAGUCAACAUUUACAACGCAGGCAGUUCGUUAUUUGUCUGUAUUUUACACUAAAAAAUUGUACAUAUUUAUAAAUAUUUAUAUUUAUCGCUUAGUGUAAGUUCUGUACUACUUUGUAUGCUAAAAACGCUAGUUUUCUAAUUAAUUAUGCAUAUGUACAUAUACAUAUAUGUAUGUAUAUGUAUAAUUGCGCCUUAGUAACGUAAUGCCUUAUAUAUACCAUAUACAUGCACACAUACAUGUAGAACAGCUAAUUUAUUUUAAGAUUUUAUUAGUCUCAAAAGUUUAUAUGUAAUGUGGAAUAAAUAUAAUAUUAUGCACAGCAGA